GCGCGGCGCCACAGCCUUCCCAACAUGGCGACGGAGCCGGCGCCGCCCGAGGGCUCUAAGCCGCUGAGCGGGCUCCUGAGCGGCAUCGCGCAGGCCACGUACUACGGCACCGCCGGCAUCACCGAGGAGCUGCUGCGCGGCCAGCUCUACCCCGAGGCGGCGCCCGAGGAGUUCCGCGCGCUGCUGACCAAGCUCACGGCCGCGCUCAAGUCAAUAGCCUCAGCAGACAUGGAUUUGAACCAACUGGAAGCCUUUCUUACUGCCCAAACCAAAAAGCAAGGAGGUAUCACAGCAGAUCAAGCAGCAGUCAUUGCAAAAUUUUGGAAAAGCCACAGAACAAAGAUUCGAGAGAGCCUGAUAAAUCAAAGCCGGUGGGACAACACCUUGAGAAAUGUGAAUUGGAGAGUAGAUUUGAAGUCACAGUCAAGACACAUUGAUCAAAUAAACACCCCUGUUGCAAUAGUUGAAAUGGAGCUGGGGAAAAAUGGGAAGGAAUCUGAUUUUCUGUGUCUGGAGUUUGAUGAAGCCAGAGUGAAUCAAAUGUUGAAGAAACUGUCUGAGAUCGAAGAGAGCAUAAGCACACUGACUCAGACCACUUGACCAUCACGAUAAAGAGGUUGCGGCUCAGAACAUCAAUGACCUUAGUACUUUUUUCUUUUUCUAUUUUUUAUUCAUUAAAUUGGUGCCAUAAUCUUCCACUUGCAUUUAAUCAUAACAUUUUUUAAAAGCCCAGUCUCCUUUCUGUCACUGUGGAACACUUUCUCGUAGGACUGUUCCCGUUGAUGGGCUAUUUGCCUAAGUGCUUAACCACUGAGUAAGGCUUUGCAUAAUCAAGUCUGGUGUAUCAGAGGAGUUUGGCUUUUCUCUUCCUGUCUCUCAGUGAUUUGUUGCGUCUUCCGGCUCUUACGAAUAUUGAGCCAACUACUGGGCCAAAGUUAAUACCAAAGAUAAAUUGAACAGCCUGUAGAAGAAGACAGAGACAGGUUAAAGGCAGCUGAGGAUUUUCCUUAUAAAGUCAAAGCGGUCUAGGAUCACUUUUCUCCAUUCCAAUUAGUACCCAAGAUGGAAAACUGACCCCUCAGCCCAAGUCGGGGAUACAGUCUGUUAUGCACUGUGUUUCAAAAAACUAACAAAACCUCAAACAAGUGGAUCCAUGUGAGAUUAAGAGGGAAAAUUGCCCCAGGUAAAGAAAAAGUGUGAAAGAGGGUUUCUGAUUAAUCUUCUAGCUCCCAUCAUACUUUGAAUUCCAUAAGCAAAUCUAACUAUACCAUUCAGAACACUGUUGAAAAGAGUUGCCAGAUUAUGUAAUGGAAGCAAAUGAGUCAGCCAUUCCAAAGCAUGAGGAAGAACCCCUUGGUGAAUAUAUUAUAUGGCCCUAUUUUUCCUUUCUCAACCAGGGUAUAAAUAUUGGAGCAAAUAGAAACCCCAGAUAGGAAAUAACUUCAGUUUGUUAACAGACUUUUUCCCAAUUUAACAUGUUUAUCACUGCCUCGUGGUGUUUAACUCUUAUUUACUCACAAAGGAUGUCAUUUUACAAAAUGCGAAGCAAUCCUAACUCUUGUGGAUUCAUAUUAAGCACAGAUUUGGCCCUCAGUCUUCAUUCCACUGGAUAAAGAAAUGAAACCAUCAUGCAAUGAAGAUGUGCAGGAUAGAAACCUUUAUUUUUAUCUGUUAACCUAAGACCAUUGUCAGACAGGAGUAGAUCAGUCCAAAUACAAUUUUCAUUUCAUUUAGGACCCAAAGAAGUCGCAGGAAGUUUUGACACUGCCUUAUUUAAGCCUCUGUGUGUGUGUGCAUGUGUCUGUAAGUGCCGUUUAUUUUGGAAGUGCUGUUUGCAGAUACAGAAUUUUUCCGACUGAUAUGUCUUAAACAGAGGUUUGUUUUUAGUGCACUCACUUUAAAACAAAUUUCAUUUUUCUCAACCCACUUCCUCCCUUUCCUUGGGCUGCCAACGGGAUGUUUCUUUUAUUCAGUAGUAGUCAUGCUACUGAGAAUUUUGAUAGUCUUCCGUGUCAGCUUUUCCUUACCAAAAAUGGAAGACCCUUUUUUCUUUUUUUUUGUGGCUGUUGCGUUAUACAUUCUCCAUAGAUAGAAGACAAACUGCAUUGCCCGGAAAGAUUUGGCCAGGAGAAUUUUCCAUCUUUACUAGGUUGUGUUUGCUAUUAUACUGAAGAACAUCAGUAAGGUGACCAAAGAAAAAAAUAAGGAAGAUGUUUGAAAAGAUUAAGGUGGCAAAACGAAGUGCAAGAAAAAUAAGCCUCAACUCAGGCAAACUGACCCACCAUGCUAUUGAAAUCUGUGUCUGUAUGAAGCCUCAGGGUGAAGUCAUAGAGUGCUAAGACCUAAAAUGUGUGCAUGGGAGAAGGUGGAGCUAAUGUUUGUGUGCAUUGAUCAACAAACAGUUAUCUAAAACUUUUAUUUCAGUAGCACCUUGAGGUCCCAACUGUAGUGCCUAGGUUCUGCAAAAUAUACACCAUUGCAUACUUCCAGCUUCCCUACGUCUUAUAAUGUAAAACAGCAAGUAUGAGAUACAAAGAGUUAAGGGGUUGAGAGACAAGUAUACACAUUCUGUAUUUCUUUGCCUUCUAUGUCCAUGAUGACCCAGAAAGUGUGACAGUUUCUCAUCGGGGCAAUAACUGUGCAGCCAGCACCAUUCUUUCUAUUGGCUGGAGCAAUUCUGGAGUGACAGGCCAAGAUUCUGCAUUCCCAGUAGUGACCACUUUACUUUUUCUAUUAUUCAUGGCUAAACGCAUCUACCCAUUAGGGUAGAGGUUGCAUCGAUUAUUUCAGUUUAUUUGAGCCUCUUUGUAAACUGCCCCUAGAGCUAAAAUUAUACUACGUGUCUGUACUGAGAUAGUGAUGACAGCAUAAAAUACUGAUGUGUGAUAAUUAAAGAACAUUUCAUUGUCUCCUCAUGUGAGUUUAUUGCUUGUAAAGAAGCCAGAUUGAUUGCACUUGGAAACAAAUUCUCCCUCUGCAGACUAAGGCAAGGAGGGAAUGUCCUGCCCAUCCAGUCAAAAUUGUGAUGCACCACCAGAGUAAAUCCAUGCUGGCACCCUUGUGGCCUGUACCAAGCAGAAUAACUAGGGGUGGGCAAGAAGGGCCCCAGCUUCAGGCACAGACAGAGAGAGGAAACAAGAUUGGUAGCCAAUGCUGCUGCCACCCAGGGUGUAAAACUGACUUGUUAGGCCUCUGCUUGCACCUCCCAUCUCUCCUUGUGAGUGGUUUCCCUCUAUGUAAGGACUUUACAGGCUUCUAUUUCCCAUUUUUCUUCUUGUUAUCAGAGACCUUUAUUGCCAUUUCUUAAGCUUAUCCCCAUCAAAGACUGAGCAAAUGCUGCUUUUUGCCACUUGCCCCUGAUUUUGAGUAAUCCCAUCCAGGCCCAAACAAAACACUCCCUUGACAGUCUGCUAGUGACACACAAAGAUAGGAUGCUGCCUAGCCACCAUUGCCUGGCUACUCCUAAUCUGCUGUCCUUGCAGGGACCCCAGCACUGAGGGGAAACAUGGAGAAUGCAUUAGAGACUGGAUACACACAGAAAAGUAAUUGGCCAGUAAUUUCAGUGAUCAAUUUCAAGGCAAGUCCUGUGGCAGUUGAUGUUUAUCACAUGGUUAGGUGAGAAUUUUACCUGCAGUGGCAUGUCUACAUGUGCACAUUUAAUAUGCAUUAGCCCAAUUUAAGGUGCAUUAAGAGUGCGCAUCUACACGUGUGUGCCCUUAAUGCGCCUUAAAAAUGGUGAUUUUAGGCUGUUUGAUCUUAAAUUUGAUAAGGCAGUUAUCAAAUUUAUGUGCAAACAGCUAAGUCGCAUUAGCAAGCCCUUAGAUGCGCUAAUGCGCAUUAAUUCAGUGUGUGUCCGUUGACUUUGGACUAAUUUUAUUUGGUCCAUACACCCGCAUUAAUGUGCCUUAGUGCAUGCAUGUGUAGAUGCGUGCCUAAAUUGCCAUAAUGCGUGUUAGGGUAAUGCACAUUAAGUUCAGGUGCGUGUAAAAGCACAUAUAGAACCCACCUAGUAAGCUUUUAGCUCUCUUGAUUGUCUUUCAAAGUAAGAAAGGGGUCAAUUCAAGUGCCCCGCCAUCAGUAACUUGCACCAUAUUCCACACACUUGUCUUAUUUUAACGUGUACAGAUGAUUGGAAAAUGUGCUAUAAACAGAAAACAGAGAAACAAGCCCAAAGCACCGGUCAGAAACUGUUAUUUCACACUAAUAAAUGUGUGAAAAGGCUGACUCAACAAGGUUACUGAGGCUAGAAAAAAAACCACUGGGGUCAUUUAAGAAAGCUUUGGAAGCUUUCCUAGAGGAAUGGGGAUUCUAAAAAGGGGCAUGUGUCCAUGGGUUUCAGUGACUACACCUCUUUUCAUCAGAAGUUUACUUGUAGCUCUGAUGUUUGUUUUUUUUUAACUAUCAGAAUUUGACACUGAAUCUUAAUAUGCACAAGUAAUGUGUAAAUUUUUUUAUAAUUUUCUAAAGCACUUGGGUGAUUUAGCAGCCCAUUUACUUCCUUUUGAAAUCAGUGGGAGGUAGGUACCCAAACUACUUGGAUACCUAGUCAAAUUUUUCCAAAGCACCUCUCCCAUUCAAAACUGGUCUUGAGCACUGUUGAAAGCGUUGCCUAACAGGGAACAGUGCAUCUGAGGAGCAAAGAUAAUGACAUGCUGGGUGAAAAAUGCUUUCUGAUUAAAUAAAUAACAAACUUAAAGCCAUCAUGUCAGUGGCUUGUUUUCACACCUCCACUGGAAUAUGCACACUCUUUCAUCAACGGAGAAUACUUGAUGUUUUGAAGUAGUUGCUGCUUAGUUAAUGUGGUUGUCCAUACGUUGAAUUGUCUCACACAGUUUAAGAAGUGUUUCUUGUUUGACCAGUAAAUCUAGUGCAGAUUCUCAGUGGUUGUUGUAAUCAAAAUUUGCAUAAUGACAAUAGCUUGUCAGUAAAACCGUGUUUGAGGAAACAGUGGGGAACUUCAAGCCUAAACAUAAUGGGACAAGUUGCCUGGGCCAUAUUAAUUCUGAAUGAACUCUAUCCCCAUGCACAUAAUAGGAAGAGAGACCAUAAAUCUGUAUGGGAUAUACAGGCUAAAAACCUGUAUGGAUUUAUUUUGAAUGCAUGAAUUUUACUAUAUGUAUGUUUCAGCCAGUGAAACAGGAGUUGAGAUUGUAUCAAUUGGUAUGAUAGGACUAGAUUCUUGCCAUGUUCCAGAAUCCACUAGUAACAAGACAAUGGGUGAAGCAGUGCCUAUAUUGCACAGAAUGGGGUCAUUGUAUUUGCCACUGUUCUUAUACAACACACUGAAUUUGCUGACCUUUCUUUCUGAAAAUAAACACAAAAUUGACUGA